AUGUCAAAUCUGCAGCGUCGUAGGGUAAAUCGUGUUGAUUCCACCGAAAACAGUGAAAUCCAGGGGAACAAUUAUGAUGAAUCGUCGUCAAAGAAAGUUGCGUAUGAUCCAGAAGAAGCCAAGAUCACUGAAAAUGUCAAAAUACCUAAGCUCACAUUGAUGGAAGAGGUGUUGCUGCUAGGUUUGAAAGAUAAAGAAGGGUAUCUUUCAUUUUGGAAUGAUAACAUUUCAUACGCAUUACGUGGAUGUAUACUCAUUGAGCUUGCAUUGAGAGGCAAUAUUAGAAUCAUGGAUGACCCUUCAAGGAAGAGAUACGACAUCUCCGAGAGAUUAAUCGAAGUUGUGGAUGUGAGCAAAACUGGCGAAGUUUUAUUGGAUGAGACUUUACAGUUGAUGAGAAAUGAUGAGCCAUCGACAAUUGCAAAUUGGAUUGAUUUACUAAGUGGUGAAACCUGGAAUCUAUUGAAGAUUAAUUACCAAUUGAAACAAGUCAGAGAAAGGCUGGCUAAAGGUUUAGUUGAUAAGGGCGUAUUGAGAACAGAAAUGAAGAAUUUUUUUCUCUUUGAUAUGGCAACUCAUCCCGUUACAGAUUCAGGCUGUAAGGAAGCUAUCAAAAGGAGAAUAUUAUCCGUCCUAGUCUCUAGAAACAUGGAGCUUAACUACAAUGACUAUUUUCCAGAAACGACAUCGUUCAAACUGAUCAGGACAAUUGCAUUAAUAUGUGGAUCUUAUCGUGCGAACGUCUUGGAAAAUAUUUUAACAUCUCUAGACUAUGAAAAGAGGGAUAAGGCCAUCUCCAGAGCCGAUGAGCUGUUGGAACAAUUCUCGCAGUAUCCAUUUGUAUUGGAUAAUCAAAGUGAAUCGGGGCUUUCAAUCAAUUUAAAUAAGGAAGUUCAAGAAGAGAUCGAGUCGCAUAAAAAUUCUGCAUUACAGUUAGAAGUAGUGGCCGGUGUAUUUGAAGUAUUUUCCAGAAUGGAUAUGAUAUUAUGA